AUGGGUGAUAUAGUUCUGAUAACGAAACCGAAUAAGAGUAAUCCUUCGACUAUACAAUAUCUGAUUCUCAAUGCAACAAACUAUACAGUGUGGAGAACUCAGAUGAAGGUAGCACUCAAGGUACGUAAAGUGUGGGAAGCCAUUGACCCGGGAACAACAGAAGGAGACAAAGACAAUUUGGCUAGAGCACUUUUAUUUCAAUCCAUACCCAAAGCAUUAAUCUUGCAAGUUGGAAACCUCGAUACCUCAAAAGCAGUGUGGGAGGCGAUAAAAACCGUAAAUAUGGGAGCAGACAGAGUAAAAGAAGUGAGACUUCAAACCUUAAUGGCUGAUUUCGACAGAAUAAAGAUGAAAGAAACAUACACUACUGAUGACUUUGUUGGCAAGCUUUCUGAAUUAUCAACAAAAUCAGCAGCUUUGGGAGAAACGAUCAAAGAAUCGAAAUUGAUUCACAAGAAUCUUAUGGAACUGGUAGAGGAAGAUGACGGGGUGGAUGCUUCUAUGGACGAGGAAGAGGUCGUGGGUACUACGACAGCAAUGAUAACCAACAAAACGGAGGCUAUAGACAGGAGAAAGACAGAUAGAAUUCGUAAACUGCAAGAAGCACAAGAGAAUGAGGAAGACAAAACUCAAGAGGCAGAGGAAUUGAUGAUGCACGAAGUGGUGUAUCUCAAUGAGAAGAAUGUAAAACCCGACAAGUUCGAGACAUGCUCAGAUGGAGACAAUGUCUGGUACCUAGAUAACGGAGCCAGCAACCACAUGACAGGAAACUGGGAGUAUUUUUCCAAACUCAAAGAAAACAUCACAGGAGAAGUGAGAUUUGGAGACAACUCUCGUAUUGACAUCAAAGGAAAAGGGUUUAUUCUUUUUGUAAGCAAGAACGGUGAUCGAAAGGUUUUGGCCGAUGUCUAUUUCAUCUCGGAUCUAAAGAGCAACAUCAUAAGCCUCGGUCAGGCUACAAAGUUAGGAUAUGACAUCAGAAUGAAGGGAGAUCAUCUAACUCAUACAAUCGUGAUGAAAAGAAGGCAAGUGUUCCCUCAAGCAACAGCAUACCGAGCCGCAAAAUUACUUGAUCUCAUACAUGGAGACCUCUGCGGACCUAUUACGCCUCCAACAGCAGAAAGAAACAUAUACAUCUUUGUGCUGAUCGAUGACCACUCUCGCUAUAUGUGGUCAAUACUGUUGAAAGAGAAAAGUGAAGCCUUUGAUAAACUCAAGAAGUUUAAGGCAACUGUUGAGCAAGAAACAAGUGCUACCAUCAAGACCUUUUGA